AUGGCACUUCAUGCCGCCGGUGCGGGGCACUCGGUACAGGUACAGACGUUGAUUGCGGGGUUCGAAGCACCAGCCCAGUCUACGACACACCUUGUUUACACUCCCGGUCUAAGGUUGGCUACGGUCUCGGAACAGCCAGGUCCAAACGGGCAAACGGACAAGCUCGACGAAGACAUCAUCAACACGACCGUCACUGCCAUCAAAAGCGGCUACUACCACCUAGACUGCGCCGAGUCCUACGGCAACGAAGCCGAGCUGGGCGCCGCCAUCGCGCGCUCCGGCGUCGACCGAUCCAAGCUCUUCAUCACCACCAAAACCUCCUGCCGCCCCGGCGAGACGGUCGAAACCGCCUUCGCCCGGUCCCUCGCCAAGCUCGGCGUGGACUACGUGGACCUGUACCUGAUCCACAGUCCCUUCUGGGCACAGACACCCGCCGACCUCCAACAGAAAUGGACCGAGAUGGAAGCCAUCCGCGCCUCGGGCCGCGCCCGCUCCGUCGGCGUCUCCAACUACCUGCGCGAGCACCUCGAGGCCACCCUGCAGACGCCGGGCGCCGCCGCCCGCCCGCCCGCCGUCAACCAGAUCGAGUACCACCCUUACCUGCAGCACGACCCGGACGGCCUGCUGGCCUACCACCGCGAGAAGGGGAUUGCUGUCCAGGCGUACUCGCCCCUGACGGCUAUCACCAAGGCCGCGCCGGGGCCUGUGGAUCCUGUUUACGAGCGCCUGGCGGGGAAGUAUGGGGUUACGCCUGGGGAGGUGGCGCUGAGGUGGUGCCUGGAUCAGGGAAUUGUGGCGAUUACCACGAGCUCGAGCGAGGAGCGGCUGAAGGGGUGGAUGCAAAGGUUGCCGCUUUUUAAGCUGACGCCGAGGGAGGUGGAGGAGAUUGCGGAGAAGGGGAGGGAGAAGCAUUUUAGAGGGUUCUGGGGAAAGGAGUUUGCUGAGGAUGAUCGCCGGUGA